AAUUCGCGGUGCGGUCACACUGCUUGGUGGAUGGUUUGGUCGAAAAAAGUUGUUAAAAGCGCAGAAAAAACGACUUGUAAUGCAAGUGCUUCAGUGACUGUGAAAACGAAGAUGUCACCGUUUGGAGCCACUUCCUCGCAGCGAAUCCCACAGCAAUAACAAUCAACAAACCCAAGCGCCAAUGAUGUGAUGCAGCAGCAGAGGUUGGAGUUCGGAAAACACAACCUUCAAGUAGUCUAGGCCACGUAGAAUCACCCGGAGAAUCACCACGAUGAGCUGGCUGCUGGGCCUCCUCGGUCUGCAGGGCCUGUUCCUCUGGCUCCUGUGGCUGCCCGGCGAGAUCCUGGCCAUUCCCACGCCGCUCAAGCUGCCAGGCUACACCCACAAGCUGACGCCCUACAUCAAGCACUGGGAGGCUGCGAACUUCGAUCGCGAGGUGCUGCAGGCGGCGCAGGUCAGGCACCUGGAGCAGGCUCGCUUCCGGCAGAAACGACAGGUGAGGCCAGAGGAGGAGACACAGACAGAGGCCACAACCUCAGCGAGUGGACUGGCGCACACCAUCCGCUUGAAUUUCUCCGCCCACGACAGAGAUUUUCGCCUGGUGCUGCGCCAACAGCCGCAUUCGGUGUUCGCCCACGACGUGGAGAUCGAGAACACCCUGGGUCCCAUCGACUACGAUGUGUCGCGCAUUUAUACGGGCAGCCUGGAGGAUGACGAGGCGGCCCAUGUCCAGGCGAUCCUCACCAGCGACAACCUGCUGGACGGGACGAUAGAGACCCAGGCGGAGCACUACUACAUAGAGCCGGCGCAUAGAUACUCCCAGCAGCUGGCCGAGAGCGGUGUCCACAGCAUAGUCUAUAAGCUAAGUGAUGUAAAUAUGCAGAAGUCGCAGUUCAGCGGCGGGGGAAUCAACUCCGCCGCACCCGCCAAGACGCACUGCGCCAGCGAAAAGCUGCGGAAGAAGCGCUGGCUGCCAGAGGAGCUGGCCAUGUCGGAUGCUCCGGCGCCCACGUACAAUCGCAAUCCGCCCCUGCCGCUGGAUCUGGAGGUGCCCUACAACGAUGACUUCCGCGUUCUGGCCUCCGAGGAGGACAAGAGCGAGGAGGCGCCUAGCAGGAAGUACCCAACCACAUCCACCACCAGGAGCACUGUGCGCAGUACGGAGAGCUUCCUGGCCACGCUGACUAAGCCCACGUCCAAUCGCAACAUACUUGUAAAUAACUACAAUCCCUCCAAUGUCGGCGAGGGAAGUCGCAGCUACAGCAACAGCAACAGCAAUAAUAAUAAUAAUAAUAACAACAACAACAAUAAUAAUAAUAAUAAUAGUAAUAAUGUGCGGAAGUUGUACACGAAACACAAGAACAUCAUUGUGAGCACGUACAACCGACCCAUCGAACCGGAAUUCGGAACGCCCUACGAGGAACCGACGACUAACAAUGGCACCCGCGACCUGCCCAGUAACUUCUUCAAUGCCAACUGGACGACGCUCUUUCUGGGAAACAACAACAAUGGCAACGACCGUCCCAGCCACAAGACGCAUGUGGAGAUCAUCACGAAGAAUGGGGCCACCAAGAAGCCAAAUAUCAUUGUUAAUAACUACAAUCCGGAGAUCAUAUUCGCCCCCAAUCCGCACAAUCCUAGCUUCAACAGCAUGUUGAUGACGAAUCUGCUGAGCGGAAGGGGCGGCGACGAUAUCCAUAGUUCUCCCAGGCUGCUCUACGAUCGCAAGACCACGUGCAUGCUGUAUCUGCAGGCGGAUCACACGUUCUUCCAGAAAAUGGGUUCGGACGAGGCUUCCAUUGAAGCCAUCACGCGGCACGUGCAGCGGGCCAACACGAUCUACCGGAAUACGGACUUCAACAACGACGGCAAGCCGGAUAACAUCACCUUCAUGAUCAAGCGCAUCAAGGUGCACAACAUGAACGCGAUGAAGGAUCCCAGCUACCGAUUCCCCGGCAACUACGGAGUGGAAAAGUUUCUGGAACUGUUUUCGGAGGAGGACUACGAUGCUUUUUGUUUGGCUUACAUGUUCACCUAUCGCGACUUUGAGAUGGGAACUUUGGGUCUGGCCUGGACGGGUGAUCUGAAAAACGCUGGCGGAGUUUGCGAGAAGAAUGGUCAUUACAGGGGUUCCCUCAAGUCCCUUAACACGGGAAUAGUCACUCUUUUAAAUUAUGGAAAGCAUGUUCCACCUGCAGUCUCCCAUGUGACAUUGGCCCACGAAAUUGGCCACAACUUUGGAUCACCGCACGAUCCCGAGCAGUGUACUCCUGGUGGCGAGGAUGGCAACUUCAUCAUGUUUGCCCGCGCCACUUCGGGUGACAAGAAGAACAACAACAAGUUCAGCACCUGCUCGCUGAAAUCGAUAGAGCCCGUGCUGAAUGCCAAGGCACGUUCCAUGAAGGGAUGCUUCACUGAGCCGCAGUCCUCGAUUUGCGGCAAUGGCGUGGUGGAGGCGGGCGAGCAGUGCGACUGUGGAUGGGAGGAGGACUGCAAGGAUUCGUGCUGUUUCCCCAUGUCAAGACAGCCGCGUCUCGACGAGACUCCCUGCACCCUGACUCCCCAUGCCCGCUGUAGUCCUUCCCAAGGACCCUGCUGCACCAACGAUUGCAAGCUGAAGUUUGGUGACAAGUGUCGGGAUGAUAAUGGCUGUCGGGAUCCUUCGUUCUGCGACGGCCGAAUGCCCCAGUGUCCGCCGUCGGUGAACAAACCCAACAAGACCAUUUGUAACAAGGAGUUCGUAUGCUACAUGGGCGAUUGCACGGGCAGCAUUUGCCUGGCCUACGGUCUGGAAUCGUGUCAGUGUAUUCCGGGUCCCCAGGACGAUCGCAUCAAGUCCUGUGAGCUGUGCUGCAAGCUGCCGGGCGAGGACAGUCCCUGCCGCAGUUCCUUCGAAUGGAAUGAGGCUCCUUUCGAUGUGCCCGAUAUGUACUCGAAGCCGGGAACACCCUGCAAUGAUUAUAAUGGAUACUGUGAUGUCUAUCAAAAGUGCCGCGAGGUGGAUCCCUCGGGUCCACUGGCCACUUUGCGUAAGCUGCUGCUUUCGGAAGAGAGCAUAGCCAGCUUCAAGAAGUGGAUGCAGCACAACUGGUACACAGUAGCACUGGCUGCUGUGGGCGUAAUCCUUCUCCUGGCGCUGAGCACAAAGCUGCUGACGAAACGGUCGAAUCUGAAGCUUAAGUCCGUCACCAUCAUACACAGCGCCACCACGGAGACAGUGCGUCUGCCGGAGAACAACAACGGGGUGAUAGUUCACACCGCCGUAAGGACAAAGGUACCUUUCAAGAAGAAGGUUCGUGGCGAGCGAACAAAGAAACCAGGAACGGGAACUGCAACUGGAGCUGGAGUAACAGCCACAGCUGCAGUUGCAUCCCGAAGUGCAGCCAAAAGCAGUGCCAAUCCAGAGGCAAAGAAGACCACAAGAACGCAGGCCAUGGCCAAGAAGAAAUCCCUCGAGGAGGAGCCCAAGAAGUCAAACAAAAAGUUGGGCAAGCACAUGAAGGAGAUCAUCGACUACUCGCAUCGCAACAACGGUGAUGAUGCGUCCAAUUUGUCGACCACCAACAACCAUACCAACACCUUUGGAAAGGUGCAAAAGUGGCUGCUGGAAUCGCCCAUUGUGGCCCAGCCCUUGUCCCACAUUGAGCACAGUUCGCGGGUUCGCAAGGUGAUGAGCAAAUCGCAAUCUACGCCCGAAAGACUGGUCCAAAAGACACCGCAGAAGACCAAGUCCAUGGGUAAUCUGUCCAACGAGAAGGUCAAACUGCAGGUGGUCUACAAGCCACCCUUCAAGUUCUCCCUCAGAUUGUCCAAGAAACCGAAAGUAAAAACCCAUGUGGUGGGUGUAGCAGGUGGAAGGCCAAAGAGAAGCCAAAAGACUGGUAACCGAACUGCAGGACAAUCCUCCUCAAAGGAUGUGGCCACGCGAGCCAAGAGGACUGCCCUGCUCCUUUGCAACGAGGCGGAGGAUGACAACCAGAUCCUCACGCUCAACGAACCCAACUACGAGACCUUGAAGCCACCAACGCCUCCACGUUCCAUGGAGCAUUGCUACGAGAACGUGGAUAUGCAGGCAGAGGCCUCCACUUCGAAGCCCAGCAGCAGCAGCAAGGUGGCUCCCAGCUCACAGAAUCGAGCCAGUUUAGAGUUGGCUCCACCGCCCGUUCCUGCCCAAAGGAACUCCUAUCGCCGCUCCAACUCCCUGUCCACCCACAAUCCCUUUGCGGCUGCACCUCGUCGAAGUAGCAGCAAGGCCAGUGGAUCGGUGAAUCUCACGCGAAACUUUGGUAGCACUCAGAAUCUGAUAAAUCUCAGUCAGAACUUGUCCAAAACCAAGAAGCGUAGCAGUCUGAACCUAAAGGCCAGUGGCAGUGGAGCUACCACGAGCGGGAAGGAUCCGCCAACUGCGGCAGUCGCCUCGCCCCAGAGGCGUUCCUCAUCCAAUGCCAAUCUUCGCAGGGACAGCAGUGUGUCCUCCUCAAAGGCAGUGCCUGUUCCACCGACCAGGAACUCGCGGAAUAGCUUCAGCAAUAUUCCAAGAGCCAGUUUGGGCGGAGGAGGAAACAGCAGUGCUGCCCUGCCACCGCCCAGUUUCUCUCGCCAAUCUUCCAGCAGCACAGCCACCAGCAGCUCCUCCAUGACUCCAGGUUUGAACACCGGAGGGGCGUUGCAGCAAUCAGCCAGCACAAGCGCCAUGCAGCGGCCACCACCCUCGCAGCCCAUGAGGAGAAGCCUCAACAACUUCAGGACCCGCUCCACGGGCGUCACUGGAGCAACAACUGGAAAGCCAGGAGCAGCAUCAACCUCCGCAGGAGCCACUUCUGCAGCAUCAGCAGCAGCAACAUCAAAUGAGAACAAUGAGCUGCCCUCGGAUCUCGAGGUAGUUGUAUCCGAUGUGGAGAACCUGGUUAGCUAAGGGCAGCUCACCCGUUCCAGUUUCCAAAACCAACCAAGUGAAAGUGAUAAGUCUUAAUGUUAGUUAUACAAAUUGUCGCAUAGGUUUACUUGCAUAACAUAUAUAUAUAUUUGUACAUACAUUAUAUAUAUGUGUACUUUACACUGCCUUAAACUUGCCGUUUCUGCUGAAUAUGUGAAAUACCACGCCCACUCACACGACAGACACUCAACCGCAUUCCACACGCCCAUCAAUCCCCGACCAAGGCUCGCCCCAGCACCUCGAACGCAUCACCACCCACUAGGCACCCAGCCGCUUACCCACUCGCCCAAUCGCCCACUGAAGCCACCGCAAUCCAAACCGCAGCCGCACUCACCGCACUUUGUACCUUCUACUGUUUACUGUUUGUAUUGUAUUGUAUUGUGUAAACUGAACUCGCUAGUUCCGGUUUCCAGAUUCGAUCAAAUUGGGUAUUUAAUAUUUCAUUGAGCUAGUAUAACUCUGAUUUAUAAAGUUAGUUAAAUUGGAUACAGAUAAACAGAACUUUACCAAUUUAAAUCAUUUUUCAAUCAAGGGCUCACAAAAAUCCUAUUAGAAUUUCUACAGAUUAAAGACUAAACUAAAAAUAAUGAUAUAUUACGAUUAUAAUAUAUAUACCAAUUUGAUCAAAUUUGGAACCGGCUACCAGGCAUAUUUUUAGUUAUUCAAUUUCGAUUUGGCUUUUAUUGUAGCCUAACCAAUUGAGCGAGCUUUACUUCAAAAUAUAACUCUCAUUUCCAUCAUUAACAAUAAUAACUAAUCGAAAUUAAUUAGCUGAUCUUGUGCCACAUCUUUCUAAUUUGCCUAAACCUGGCCUAUACUUCAAGUUAUUUUCAAAACAGUAUUACUAAAGUUGUUAUGUACCUACUAUAUACUUAAAUUGCUUAGUUUGCCUGCUCUUCAAGUUUCGAACAACGAUCACUACUCAUCUGAACUACGACGAACACACAGAACAAUACAAGGUGCUAUUUUAGUAACGAACUAAAAAGAUAAAAUAUUUGCCGAGAUCAUUUUAAAAUCCUUUGCAUAUUUUCUCAAGAUCAAAACUAAGAUUAAAGAGGAGAAUGGAGGGAGAUUGAGGAGGUUAGGUGUAACCGAUGAGAAGAAGUAGCAUAUAGCAUAUAGGAAAACAAGGGGAGCCGGGUAAAGUUGCAAAUAGUUGUACGGAAUAGAUACAAAGAUAACCAACGAUACUGUCAAUAAAUCAAAAGCGUCAUGCAUCGAAAGUAGGUCUUAGAGAAUGCCCAGCAAAGCCACAUAGAGAGUUAGCCACCCGAGCAUUAACAUUAAUCCACCCGAUCCCCUCGAGCACCGGCACCUGUAAACACACGCAUCGAUCCCAUAGUAACGCCCGUAGAAGAAAUGCUUGUAGUGUAUAUAGGACAUCGAAGGGACAUAGUUUUUAUAUGCAAUACCAAGUUAGAGCAAUGAGAACAAACAAUAAGACACCUAACGAUAUGCAUUCACACAUAGGAUAUAGAGUCACAUUCCGCAUCGAAUCACAGAGCAGCGGCUUUCGAGUUACACUACACCACACUAUCGAUCUUUAGGCUAAGCAUAACAAUUGAUAUUUGUAGCUAUAUGAAUGUGUAGGAAAAAUCAAAGGCGUAUCAAAAAAAUAUAUACAUACAUCCAUAUGGGGCGUGCAAUAGCCAUUGCAACUUUACGAGCAUUUGGGUAUAUUUUUGUGGAAUAUACAAGAUACAGAUACAGUUACAAGAUAGAAGACAGAAGCUCAGCUCAAGAACCCGACACCCGACCCAAGAUAUCGUAUAUAGACAGACAGACAGUUAACGCGUUGGCCAGUAAAGAAACGGAAACGGAAAUAGUUAAAACGAGUACGCGACAAUCGCUUUGAAAUGCUUAAAAAAAAAUAACAAAAAUAAUGGUAAGCCCGAAAACCGAAUUGAAGUUUAGUUUCUACUUUGUCUUGAUUACGUAUUUAAAUAUGAAACUAUACAGAAUAAUGGCAGGCAAAGGUGUUGAAAUUUACCAAAAAAAAAAAAAAAGCUAACACUAGGAAGACAAAAAUACACUGGAGUGGGAAUACAUAUUCCUUGUAGGUUUUAAUAAGAACAUGCAAAUUCUAGACAAGAUUUUUUAGAUACUUGAGCUCAAAUUGGAAAACAAAGUGUAUUCUAGGAUUAUCUACUCCCAUCCUGUGUAUUUCCAAAGGUCAGAAUUUAUUACCCAGUGUAAUUAAUGAGUUGAGAACGGAAGAACAUUUUGAAUAUUGCCAAUGAUUGUGUACUGUAUAUAAUUAAAUGCAAAUGAUUAUUGUCUAAGCGGAAUGGACGAGAGUAUUUUGAGCGUGACAAAAAGACUAUUUAGCGCGAAAUGAACAAUUUUUGUGUAAUGUACAUAAGAAACCGAUUGAUUUUAAUCUAAAAUAUACAUAUAAUAUUAAUGUAAUUGUAAAACUGCAAACGAUUUUUAAAUCUGUAUGUGUAUUGUGUACCUCAAUUGUAAUUAAUUUUUUGUAUACUUUUCACGAGAUGGAUUAACGCUAUUUUUAUAAUUUAGCUAAAUGAAUUAUAAACACGUAUGUACGUCUCCCGAUCCCCCACGAAACCAUCGUCAGCCCCCUAGUUAAUGGCCAGUUUUAAAUGUUGUCCAAGACCGCAUCACUACCUAUCCAGCAACCUAAAUGAAUGCAUAUGUAAUUUUGUCAAUUAGGAACGCGUAAAUGUCUUAAAGAUAUCGAAAGUGAAACAAAACGAAACGAACAAAACAAAAACCGAAGAGCAAAGAAGUGAAUACUAGCAUUUUACGAUUUAAUAUUUUAAAUGACAAUUCAAAACAAUAAUUAAUGUAUGUACUAUGAUUAGCGAACAAACAAGCACAUGUGUGACAAUUCCGUUGUACUUUAUGUUACGAUUACUACAAUACUUUAUUUAUUAAUCUUAUCGUUAGGCAGUAACACACGAGUGUAACUAAUUUUUAACCCGAACAAACACACACAUAUGCGAUACUUUAUAAUUUCCUCAUUUUAAGCGAAAUUCAAUUAACAAUAAAAACGAAACUAAUACUUAA